GCGAGAAUUUGAUUAAAUCAAAUAUUAAUUGUUGUUGUUGUUGUUGAGAGUUUGAGGGUGAUUUGGAACGGAUUGUUUUUUGUUUUGAACAAUUUCUUAAACAUUGUUCACGGUUUGAUAUAUAUUAAGGCAAAGCAUUUUAUUUAAAAAAUUGUGGAACUUUGGAGGGUAGUAGUGCAUGGCAAUGGUGGCAAAUGGAAAAUGGAUGGAAGAAGAAGCAGAAGACUAAUAUAUAUUAAAUUCAGUUUCAUGUCAAGCACGUUCAAGGCGGUGCCCAACCCAACGAUUCAAGCGAGAACAACGCCUUUGAUGAAUUUGGACUGCCAGAUGAACCAACCCAUCAUUUUUCAAUUCAAAAUUCCAAUCAUGGCGUAUCUAGAAUUUGAUUUCAUUCCUCUUACCACUUAUGCUUAUAAGUACCUGAUUUUAUUUAGACCCAUCACCGGAAAAUGGCUAGGAAACACACCCGAUUGCAGAGGGUGAGAAUUUCUCAAUCCUCCGGUUGUUUUCAGGUAUGUUUCCGGCAAAUUCGAACCAGACCCACCGUCGAUUCGAUUCAGAAUUUUCAGAGGGAGGAACUUUUAGGGGAUGGGUAUUGCACGGGAAGUGUGAAAUCUGUGGCUCAGAUUGGUAAUAAAAUAAUGGUUGUGGUUGAUUCUAGUUUUGAGGGUAAAGGAGCUCUUGAAUGGGCCUUGUCUCAUGCUGUUCAGUCUCAUGAUUCUAUUAUUCUUCUUCACGUUUCUAAAUCUUCAAAACAAGGCGUUGUGUUUGAUGAAAAGCUUGACAUGAAGGCUUAUCAGCUUCUUCUGUCUUUGAAGAAUAUGUGUCAAAUGAGAAGGCCAGGAGUUCAAGUGGAGAUGGAAUUCCUACAGGGGAAGGAGAUGGGUCGUGUGAUUGUAGAAGAAGCCAAGAAACAGCGAGUGUCUCUGUUGGUUCUUGGGCAAAGAAAGCAAUCUCCAUUCCGGUCACUGAUAAAGAAGUUCAGUACAAACAAGAGAAGGAAUCAUGGAGGGAUUGUGGAGUACUGCAUCCAAACAUCUUCAUGCCUGACCAUUGCGGUGAGGAGGAAAAGCAAGAAAGUCGGAGGAUAUUUGAUCACUACAAAAAGUCACAAGAAUUUCUGGCUUUUGGCUUGAAUCUGUAUGUUAUAAUUUCUUCUUUCAGCUGCCAUUGUUGUUUUUGUAGAGAAAAACAAGAUGGAAAUGGCGAGGCUUCUGAUACUGCAAGUCUUAUCUAGCCUCACUUUUUGCUUCUUUAAUGACAAUGGAGUGGCUGUAUUACUCAAAAGUAGAAAACCCAAGAAAAAAAAUGAUAUAGAAAUUUGUAAAUUGAUCCUCUUUUUGUCA